CUUAUCAGUUGGCAGAGUCUGCAAGUUCUAGUGUUGGUCUUGUCCUUCUCAAGCCAGAUGUGCGGCCACCAUCUCUCCCAAGAGGAAGACCCAGCUGAAAAUGGUCUCUACUCUGCUCCUGAGUCUCCUGCUCUUGAUUCCAGCUGCAGCAGGGACCGAAUGGGUUGAUGGUCAAUGUCCAGCAUGUGGGGUGCCUGGUUCAGAUCCUGAGAGACAGAGGGAAAUACUGCUCAAUCUGGCAAAGCAAAAUAUCCUGGAUAAACUGCACUUAACUCAACGCCCAACACUGAUCCAGCCUGUGUCCAAAGCCACCCUGAGAACUGCACUUCGACGCCUCCACGGUCUCCAAGGAGGAAGGAUUGUGCCUGGUAGCACUUUAGGGGGUUCUGGGACUGGAGUUGAGGAACAGGAGUAUGAGAUCAUCAGUUUUGCUGAGACAGGCUACUCUACCACCAACAGGACGGUGCUGGAUUUCCAACUCUCCCCAGAUCAAAGCAGUGGUAGCUUGGAGGUCCUCCAAGCCAGGCUGGGUUUCUUCUUGAAGAUUCCUCCCAAUGGCACAUGGACUAUGCACGUGAGGGUCCUGGGGCCUGGGCCCCGGGACACCAACCUCACUUUGACCACCCAACACCAGCUAGAGGUAGAUGCCAGUGGCUGGCACCAGUUCCUCCUGGGGCCAGAGGCCCAGGCUGCUUAUGGUCAAGGGCAUCUGACCCUAGAAUUGGAGGCCAAAGGCUGGGGAGCCCAGGGCCCAGUUUUCUUGGAAAAGGAUGCCCAUCAGCCUUUUAUAGUAGCUCAGGUGAGAAUAGGAGAAAAGCACCGGAUUCAUCGUCGAGGCAUCGAGUGCCAAGGUGGGUCUCAGAUGUGUUGUCGACAAGAGUUCUUUGUAGAUUUCCGGGAGAUUGGCUGGAAUGACUGGAUCAUUCAACCUGAAGGUUAUGCUAUGAACUUCUGUACAGGGCAGUGCCCACUACAUGUGGCAGGCAUGCCAGGAAUCGCUGCCUCUUUCCACACUGCUGUGCUUAACUUGCUCAAGGCUAAUGGGGCCCCAGGAACAACUGGAGGAGGCUCCUGCUGUGUGCCUACUGCCCGCCGCCCUUUGUCCCUUCUCUACUAUGACCGCGACAGCAACAUUGUCAAGACUGACAUCCCAGAUAUGGUGGUGGAGGCCUGUGGCUGCAGUUAAUGUGUAUAAAAGGGAAGGAGGACACGCAGAAGAGGACAUUCACUUAGAGAUUCCCUUCUCAUCUCAGGCAGGUUGUUCACAAAUUCUUCCACAACCCAUAAUGGGGAACCAAGGCAUUUCUGGAAAUCCUUCCACUCUCCCUCUGGACAUUCUAUUGAAGCAUCUGGUAGCAGGGUAGACAGAGAGCACUGGACCUCAGCAAGACCGAGUUCAAAGCUGGCUUGUGUUUAUAGUCUCCUCAACUAUAAAAUGGGAACAAUAAUAGUACCUAUCUCACAGGAUGGUUGCAUGAAUGAAAUGAGAUGUUUGCAAAAAAGUACCAUAGUACUUGGUGCAUAGCGGAUGCUAUAAAAUGCUCAUUCCCUUCUUUUCCCUUUCCACUCCCCAAGAGUCACCCUACUCCCCUUUCCACUCCCCAAGAGUCACCCUACUCCUCUUUCCACUCCCCAAGAGUCACCCUACUCCCCUUUCCACUCCCCAAGAGUCACCCUACUCCCCUUUCCACUCCCCAAGUGUCACCCUACUCCCCUUUCCACUCCCCAAGAGUCACCCUACUCCCUUCUUCCCAAGAGAGCUUAGAGUACAGAUUCACAAUCCCCUACAAAUUCUGAUUUUCUUCUGUUUCACUCAAAGCCCUCUCCAACUCACAGGUCUCAUGGAUGCCCCACCCUCAUUUGAGGGACCCUCUUUCCUUAUGUACCCAGACAAAAACCCUCACUUCUAUCAUGUGGUUCCCUUACUAGAAGGCUACUCUAAUCUUCAGCUUAUCUUGAAGCAGGAAACUCCUCUAUCCUUACCUCAGGGACUUCCCCUCCACCCCGCUUCCAGGCAGAGAUCAUGAUCCUGCCUCAUUCACUGGUUGCCUAAGUGUCUCAGCAGAGGACCUCUGGCUCCGAAAUGAGCUGAUCCAGCUCCUUUCCUCCUUUCUGAGGGUGGGAAGGUAGGUACAGAUGGACCUGGGAUUCUGAAAAGUAUACCUCCUUGGAUCCACACACACAAAUCUAUAUUUAUCUAUCAGACAGGCACAUAUUUCUCCUUACAUAUCUCCAACCUCCUCAAAAUUCCUCCCAGUUGAAGUUCAUCUCUUUCUCCUUGUCUAUCCUUUCUUCCUUUCCCCUUCCAUCCUCUCUUCCUUCCUACCAGCCUGCUUUCCCCCUCUCUAUGCCUCUCCUGCCCUUUAUCAAUCCUUUCUCUAGGGCAAAGUCCACAUUUGUGCUUUCUCCCAUACACAGGAUUUCCUCUCUUUCCUUUCUACCUACUCCCCAACAAUCCUUCCUUCUCCCUGCUCCACUGGAUCAUCAUUGAUCUUAUUCCUGGAUACCAGUAAAAGCAUUCACUCCCUUCCAGAUUCACAUCCCUACAAUGGGCUGUUUUCCCACGAUUUAGACCACCACUGGGUUCUGAGGAGUAAAGGGUGAGAGGGCGGUGAGACCCCCAAAUAGGAAGAGCUAAUAGUCAGGCACCUGCCACCUCCUCUUCCCUUUGUGAUUUGGCCGAAGAUAUGGAAGGUUGCAGGCUAAGCGAUUAAUUGUUGGAUGAGGGUCCAUCGUGAAUGCACAUUGUGCUGGGUCUGGUUGCCCAGAUGGGGUUCCUGAACCCCUGGGGGACCACCCAGCUGUUGCAAGAAGCCCAGCUCAUGAAACAACUGGGGGAACAGAGAAGCCAACGUACCUUGUGAAGAUGGACCCCUUUGUCUCCAUACAACUAUAUCACAAUUUUCCGUGUGUGUGUGUGUGUGUGUGUGUGUGUGUGUGUGUGUGUGUGUGUGUGUGCUAUUGUGAUGAAUAAAACAGCAAUGUUUUACUGGGCCAGGGUAGUUUUUGGUCAUGGAUUUUCUUGACCAGCAACACGAUUAUUAUCUAUGGGGUGCGAGUGGAGGGUCUGACAAAUGUUUUGCCACUAAAAAGGGGUCCUCCUGGAGCUCAGAGAGGAUGGAGUCAAAUCACUGGCCAGGGAAGAAGCAAAGGGUUUGAGUCUAAGCUCUUCUCCCCUAGAGAAAACCUGAGAUGAAGCAGGAGUCAGGUGAAUGGACUUGAGAGUGGGAAAAGGAAGAGAGGCCUCAAGUGAAGCGGCAGAUCCAUUUAUCUAUGACCUUUGCCCUCCUUCCCCCACUAGCUCCUCCCCUUGGCUGGACAGCUCUGUUCUAAGAGGUCGAUAUAGUCUGGUGCCCAAGGUCGAGUUUGCGCAAAGCUGGAUGUUGCCAUUUGGGGAAUGAAUUGUCUGUGUUUGCUUAGCCAACAAUCGCUUCCUGGGCAAGU